UGGGGUAGACCAUGAUCACUUGAUGUUAAACCCUACAGAGGCAAUUGAAAAACUUGAAGUCAAAUGUUUGGCUAACCGUAGUUCUAGUUUAGGCUUUACACAAUGCAUGACUACUUUCUUUCGGCUAUCGUUUUGUUGGUAGUCAUUGCGGUUGGUGUAAAGUCUGCUUCUAUAUUUAUUACACCAUUCAACAUCCCGUUUUAUAAGCUCUACAAUCCAGCAGAGUCCAAAUUGGCGAUCAAGCAGCCCACAACGCGGGAUCGCAUUGCUGAUCAUGGUUAUCCAGUAGAGCACCACCACAUCGUUACCGAGGAUGGCUACAUUUUGGGCGUCUUUCGUAUACCCUACUCGCACAAAUUGCAGAAUGAAAAAGAAUACCGCCCAAUUGUGCUUAUUCAGCAUGGUCUAAUGGGAGGCUCGGAUGCUUGGGUCUCCGUUGGUCCAAACGAUGCUCUGCCCUACAUGCUUGUCGAUUCGGGCUACGAUGUAUGGCUGGGAAAUGGACGUGGCAAUACCUACUCAAGAAAUCAUACUUCGCGCUCCACAGACAAGACCGACUUUUGGUGCUUUAGCUGGCACGAUAUUGGGUACUAUGACAUAGCUGCUACGAUAGAUUUUACUUUGAAGAUAAAUGGACAGGGACAAAAAUCCAUCCACUAUGUGGGCCACUCCCAGGGCACUACUGUAUUUUUCACAUUGAUGUCCUUGCGUCCCGAAUACAAUGAGAAGAUCAAAACGGCCCACAUGUUUGCUCCCGUAGCGAUUAUGACUCAUAUGAAAAACCAAUUAGUUCGUUUAUUAUCAUUCUUUUUGGGACAUACGAAUAUAUUCUCAGUUUUAUUAUCUAACAUGGAGUUUUUACCAUACAAUCGCAAUAUUUUAACGAUGAUCUCUAAUAUUUGUGGGCACAAUCGGCUGUUACGACCAGUUUGUGUCUAUAUUGUUCAAAAAUUUUACAAUGGUCGCCGUUGGAAUAAGACUGCCCUGUCAGAAGGUAUUGGUGUGCUGCCGGCUGGCUGUUCCACAAAUCAAAUACUACAUUAUUUGCAGGAACUGCAAUCGGGUCAUUUUCGACAGUAUGAUCACGGGCCCAAAAAGAAUCAGGAAGUGUAUAGAUUGAAGCACCCACCAGACUAUCCAGUCGAGAAAAUAUCCUGUAAGGUACACUUGUGGUAUUCAGACAACGAUGUUAUGACUUCGGUGGAGGAUGUCUUGGCUUUCGCUAAGCGCCUGCCCAAUAAGGAGCUACAUCACAUAGAGGAUCCCAAGUGGGACCACGAUGACUUUGCGUUGAAUAUGAAGCUUCGUACAUAUCUAAAUGAACCAGUAAUUGAGAUAAUAAGUAAUUUUGAAAAGUCUUUAAAUUGAAUGUCAUUAAAUUUGUUGGGUAGACUCUGUGAAUUAAA